GAGAAGACUCCAAAUGGAAUCAUUUUUGAGCCAACUGAUAUAGUCAACGGCAAAGGAUUUAUCUCCAUUGGAUAUGUCUAUAUCACUGAAAUGAUGCUCGACCAAGACUUCACUCAUGUGCAAUUUGACUUGGAAAUGGAAGAUACAACAGAUUUUGAAUUGAUUCUGGCAGACUUGGUCUACAAAACAGAUUUUGUCGAAUUCACAAAUACUUCUUUUGUGUUUGUUGAUAAAGAUUUGAAGACAAAAUACUAUAAAACAGACAAAAACGUGUCGAUCACAGCUUAUUUCAAACCAAAUAGAAAACAAUUUUCAAAUGGAGGUUCAAUCAAGUUUUUUGUUGCUAAAGGAUCAUACGUGAGAUUACAAAAUAUCACUUUGUUCAGAUCAAGUCUUGCAAACAAUCAGUACAUCUGCGACUCUACUUCUUUUGAUUGUUAUGGAACAGAAUGCCAAAUCACAAACGAUUCAUAUCCACAAGGAACCAGCAUAUGGAGUGAACACUGUCGACCGGCGUGUGGAGUGUGUAGAGAAGGUUUUGUGUGUACAACAGCUGGUAGAUGUAUCACAGAACCAAAUGAUAAUUUGAGGAGUGGAAUUUCAAAGGUGUUUACUCUAUUAUGUUUUGUGGUUAUAUUGGGGGUGUAA